AUGAGUGAGCUUACUAUUCUGCCCAACAGCAGCAAGCUUGAUGAAGCUAUCGUUCUCAACGGAACUCGACCUGUCGAGGUGGAGGCCGUGGAGGUGACUGGCAUCUCGCUGCGAGACCCCUUCCUCAAGCGACAGCUGCGAGCUCUUCUGCAGCCCGGUCUGACUGUCAAGUCGCUAUUUGACGGGGUGGAGGUUGUCUCUGAAAAGCUGGCGGCCGUGCCUGUGCUGUCCGACGUCAACAUCUCGCUUGAUUCCAAGCCCAGCGAGAAGCUCGCCAAGCUGGGCGGCAUUUCCGUCAAGGCCACCAUCUCGGCCAUUCAAAAGGACGCCUGCAACCUGACUCUGGCCUCCCAGCUUCGAGACGAUGAUGCCAACGCCAUUAUCCAGGUUACCCAUCCCAACUUCUGGAACGGCAGCGAAACCGUGUUUGCACGAGCCACCUUUGGCACUCUGACCACCCGGUCCUACUCUGGUUCUGUCACCAUCCCUAUUGGUCUGCCCGGCUCCCCUCUUUGGACCGUUGCGGGCUACCUGUCGCGAGCCAACGUGCCCUCUGCCUCUCACCAGCAGAUUCUCAAGGGCGUCAAGUGCGCUCUGACCAAAACCACUGGUACCAACACCGUGCUGCAGGCCGGCGUGGAGCAGUCGUUCCGAACCGUUACUGAGGUCGGCGAAGCUGCCAGCGACGCCGUUCGAGCCGCUGCCGGAGACUCCGCCAAGACCUCGGCCUUCUUUGCUGCGGCCAACGACACUCGAGACGACCCCUUUUUCCCCACCUCUGGUCGUCUGCUGUCCGUGCUGGCUGAGAACGCCUUCAAGCCCAACGACAGCGCCCGAGGCCUCGUCCACUCCGAUGUGGCCUUCCAGCGAAUCGUUGCCCGAGCCGAGGGCUCUGUGGCCACCCCCGAUAAGGACGUGGUCUUCAACUACGGUUUGUCUGCCGGCUCUACCCGAGGAGCCGUGCCUCUUCUGGACCGAUUCUACAUGGGAGGUGUCCCCGGACUCUCCGACGACCUCCACACCCUCAACACCGUGUCUCUACCCGGCUUUUCGCGUCACGGACUGGGUCCCAAGGAUGGCCGAGACUCUGUGGGAGGCCAGUCGUUCGCCAAGGCCGGUGUUUCGGUCUUCACAGCCGUUCCCCGUCUGAUCUCCACUUCCCCCCUUAAAUUGCACUUUUUCGCUAAUGCCGGCCAUCUCAGCAACGAGCAGCAUCUGCUCAAGACCCUGCAGCAGGCCCCCGACAACUUUUCGGCCUCUGCUGGUGUGGGAUUCGUCUACCGAAGCCCCCAGGCCCAGUUCGACCUCACCUGGGCCAUCCCCGUGCAGCAGCGGACUGGAGACGUCGUUCGGCCUGGAGGAUCCAUCGGACUCUCUCUGAUGUGGUCAAAGUAA